CAGGCUUGGGAAAAAGAAGGCCAAUUAGGAAGGGUUUUUUGCACAAAGGAAGAUAUGUUCCCAUUUUUAUUUUAAAUCAGCUUUAUGGUACAGUGAAAACUUAGAGUUAGCUUUGCCCAUCAUCCCAUCGUCCUAAAGCAACACCUGUUUCCCUUCUUCCAUUUUCCGGUGAUGGUUGGGGGUGUGCAUUUGGAAGGGGGAACUAUCUGGGUUCAACCGUGAAGAGUAUUGAGAAGGAAUAGGGGUAGGACCCCUGGCCUGUGGGUAGAGGCCAGUGACUGAGACUCUCACUGGGGGAGGGGGCGAUUAGUCGCAAAGCCGCCCAUUCCAGGAUUUGGAGAUUCAGCUGUAGCACACCUUUCUUUCCCUGUCUGCCCUUAGCCUCUCCAGGAUCUCCUAACGGAGGUCCUUUGGUGGAGUGGGAGCCUCUACCGACCACUAGUGGGAAGGGCGCGAAGAUCUUGCUAUACAGAGUAGGACUGGGAGGGGAGAGCGCAUAGUUGCAGAGUCGGGGGGUGGGGGGGACCUCACCACCUGUCUCCUCCCUGAGGUCUUAGAACAGGUGCAAGAAAUUCCAGGCGAAGGUCCCACAGAGUUUGGAUCAUGACGAGGCCAGUGAGUCGGAGAUGAGAAAGACCUCAAGCUCGUGCAUCAUGGAAAAUGGGCACCAGCCGGGGGCAGGUCCAGGCGAUGGAUCCCCCGAGGUUGCCCAAACCUUCUCGGCACCAGAUCCCCCCAGGCCUCGCCCUGUGAGCCUCUCCUUGCGGCUGCCCCACCAGCCAGUCACGGCCGUCACCCGAGGCUCUGACAGGUUCUCUGGGGAGACUUCAGCAGCGGCUCUGUCACCUACGUCUGCUGCCACCCUGGGGGGCCUCAACCCAAGCCCCAGCGAGGCCACCACGCCCUGGACUCCCAGUCCUGGCGAGAAUAAUUCCUCCUUCACGCGGUCUGUGUCGAGCUCUGGCUACGGGGCAGUGACAGCAAGCAAACACAGCAACAGCCCACCGCUGGUGACACCACCCCAGUCACCAGUGUCCCCGCAGCCGCCAGCCACAACUCAGGUCCAUCGGCAGGGGGAGCGUCGCAGGGAGCUGGUGAGGUCACAGACGCUGCCCCGCACCUCGGGGGCGCAGGCCCGGAAGGCGUUAUUUGAGAAGUGGGAGCAGGAAACAGCGGCUGGCAAGGGGAAAGGCGAGACCCGGGCCAGGCUGAAGCGGUCGCAGAGCUUCGGCGUGGCCAGCGCCAGCAGCAUCAAGCAGAUCCUGCUCGAGUGGUGCCGCAGCAAGACACUGGGCUACCAGCACGUGGACCUGCAGAACUUCUCCUCCAGCUGGAGCGACGGCAUGGCCUUCUGCGCCCUGGUACACUCCUUCUUCCCCGACGCCUUCGACUACAACUCCCUGAGCCCCACGCAGCGGCAGAAGAACUUUGAGCUGGCCUUCACCAUGGCUGAGAAUCUGGCCAACUGUGAACGCCUCAUCGAAGUGGAGGACAUGAUGGUGAUGGGCCGCAAGCCGGACCCCAUGUGCGUCUUCACCUACGUCCAGUCGCUGUACAACCACCUACGUCGCUUUGAGUAAAGCCCCUGAGCCUGGAGUGCCAAAGAGCAGCCCCAGGAAGAGGCCGGGGGUCCGCUUGCGAACCCCAGCCAGGAUGCCCCCAGGAGCCUUGCCGUUUGGUGUGAGCGCGCUGUUUGUUCUGUGGCGUGUGACCGCACUCCCCUUCGAGCCCAGCUGUGUUACUGAUUAAAAGUACUGCUGAGCUGUGGUCCGACAGCGCUGAUCACAGCCAAGGGUUCGGAGGAAAAGGAAAAAUUAUGAGAGAGAGAGAGAGAGAGAGAGACAUUGGUGCUAAGUAAUGAUCUUCCUAAAGAAAUGCUUGCGUUUAUAGAUUCCAGAAUGCUAACGUACGAUUUUCCCUCUGGUGAAUUCGAUACAUCGGCUUUACAGGGUUACAGUGAUUGCCAAGUGUUUUUUUAUCAAAAUACCCAGAGUUUUUUACUUCCUCACGCGAUUGUAGGUUCCUCUCCUCCCUCCCUCUGGGUCACUGCCAGGAAACAGAGAGACCGCUUAAUCAGCAGCUUGACAAAGAAGACCGCACGUCUUGGGAAGAAACAGUUUAAUCACUCCCAAGUCCUGGGCAACAGAUGACCUUCAAGUCACCUCUGCUCUCCGGGGAGAUGGGAAGGCUCUCGCCUUGGUCCCAAAGCGCUGCUGUUCUUCCCAGGAGGCCCCACAAGUGUUUGGCUAAGCACAGGCUCUGGGGACUUUAACACUUUUGGGGAAGGAUAGGCCCUUUGUGCUGAGACAGAGUUUUUAUUACAUCUUUUUUAGGGGAUUUGCUGCAGAUAUUUAUAAAAAGCAACUCCCUCUGUACCAGUGACCCAUUUGUACAUAAAAAAGAUGUGUUGACCUUUG